AUGAUAUCAAGCGAUCAGGGCGAAUCUUCUAAAUAUUUACAAAUAAAACAAUUAAAGGAAUUGAUUGUAAAACGCAGUUCUAUUAAGGGACAAAUAACCAAAUUUAGGAAUUAUUUGGAGUCUUUUGAAGGUAGUACUCGAUUUGAAGCCAUUGAUAUUGCUAAAUUAACUGUUAAACUCGGCAAGUUUGAAUGCUUAUCUUCAAAAUUCGAUGAGCUGCAGGUUCAGAUCGAGAUUUUAAAUUCUGAAAAUCUUGGAACGGAAUUGGAUGAGCGCGAAUGUGUCGAACAAGGUAUUAUUGAUUGUAUUGCGGCUGCUAAAAUGAUUCUAAAUAUGCAACAUGAUGCUUCAUUACAAGAAGAACGUGACCGACGUAAUUCCUUUUGGCAAGAUGCUCAAGGUGACGGCCAAGAUGUUGGGAUUAAGCUACCCCAAAUUCAAAUAUCAAAAUUUGAUGGGUCUUAUUUCCGCUGUGUGACACUAUCGUGUCUUGUUCUGGAAGAGCUGACAGGUUAUUUACCUAAGCAGACAAUUAACUUACAAAACAUUAAAUUACCGAAAGACAUUCAACUGGCUGAUCCAACUUUUGAUCGACCAUCUCCAGUUCAAGUGUUGAUUGGUGCCGAUAUUUUCUGGGAUAUUCUGGGAUUACACAAUUGUUCAUCUAAAGAAUCAGAUAUUGAGAAUUUGUUAACAAAAUUCUGGGAUUUAGAAGAUAUUCCCCAAAAGACUGUUUUAAGUGAGGAAGAGGCAGCUUGCGAAAGGCAUUUUAUAGCUAAUGUCACUCGCCUCAAUUCAGGACUUAAAAUUAACAGGUCAGGUUUGUGUGAGUCACCUACAACAAUUGAGAUGCAUUCUUUCAGUGAUGCUUCGCUAUCUGGCUACGGCGCAUGUAUAUACGUCAAAUCUAGUAACAGCAACGGUGACGUCACCGUGAGACUGUUAUGUGCUAAAUCCAAGGUUACUUGUCUCAAGCCCACAACGAUUCCUCGCUUGGAGCUAUGUGCUGCACUGCUCGCUGCACGUUUGAGCAACUCGGUGAUAAAUUCAGUCCGAUACAAAUUUGACCGCAUCGUACACUGGUGCGACUCAAGCGUGGUCCUGGCAUGGCUCAGGGGCAGCCCUACCAAACUUAAAACCUUUGUUGCAAAUAGGGUCGGUGAAAUACUUGACACUACACAACCUUCAUCCUGGCGUUAUGUACCCACCGCCAGCAAUCCAGCUGAUUUAAUAUCACGAGGCGCUAGCCCAAAUCAGCUGUGCAACUCUGAGUUAUGGUGGAAUGGGCCUACAUUUUUAAUACAGAAUGAAUCUAAAUGGCCGAUUUUAAAUUCAAAAGACGUUGAUCAAAAUAUACCAGAAAUUAAAAUAACUGCUACUACUGUUAGCUCUAAAUUGGAACAAGUGAUUAUUUUUGAAAAUUACUCUAAAUUAACAAAACUACAAAGAAUUAUGGCAUAUGUAAAACGGUUCAUAUAUAACUCAAAAAACCCUAAAAAUAAAAGAUUAGAUAUUUUAUCAACUAACGAAUUAAAUGAUGCAAUGAAAUCACUAUUUUAUUUAGCUCAAAUGCAAGUUUUUGCUCAAGAGCGUGUUGUUCUAUCAAAGAAAACACCUCUCAGCCCAAAAUCACGAAUUUUACCCUUGAACCCAUUUUUAGACAGUGACAAUUUAAUAAGAGUUGGAGGUAGAUUAAGUGCCUCUGAUUACAGUUACGACAAAAUACAUCCUUUACUUCUAGACUCGUCGCAUCACCUAACUAAACUCAUAUUCGAACAUGAGCAUUUGCGUAACUUGCAUGCCGGGCCCCAGUUGCUGUUAGCAACGGUAAGAGAGUCGGUUUGGCCAUUAAAGGGCAGACAGCUCGCUAGGCGUACGGUCUAUAACUGCGUGCGUUGUCGACGAGUACAAGGCAAAACAUUACUUCCUAAAAUGGGUGAUUUACCCUCACAGCGAAUCACUCCAGACUUUCCAUUCAGGUCUGUAGGCUUAGACUUCGCAGGGCCAUUUAUAACACUAAAUCGCAAAGGUCGGGGGGCCAAAUUAGUUAAAAGUUAUUUGUGCUUGUUUGUUUGCCUGCGAUACAAAUGUAUUCAUAUAGAAGCUGUGAGUGAUUUGUCGAAGGAUGCAUUUGUGAUGACGUUACGCAGGUUCGUAGCGCGUCGUGGACGACCAGUGGAAAUAUUUUGCGAUAACGGACGCAACUUUGUAGCCGCUGCAAAGGAAUUAGGUUCAUUUUUACAAUCCAAUUCUGGGCCUAUGUCUGAAUUUGCAUCUCAAGAAGGUUUCAAAUUUAUAUUUAGCCCUGCUUACGCUCCUCACUUCGGCGGUAUUUGGGAAGCUGGAGUAAAAUCCGCUAAAUACCACAUAAAAAGAGUAAUGGGCAACACCCAUCUCACUUUCGAAGAAUUGACAACUCUUUUUGCACAAGUGGAAGCAAUUCUAAACAGCCGUCCCUUGUGUCCUCUUUCCUCGUGUCCUCACGAUUUCCUCUUCCUUUCCCCAGGGCACUUUAUCAUAGGAAGGCCACUAAAUGCGCUGCCAGCACCAGAUCUAAACGACCACAAGGAAACUGGACUAAAUCGGUUUUCACGCUUGGAACAAGUACGCCAGCAUUUUUGGGUGCGCUGGCAGAAGGAGUAUAUUUCGGAGCUGCAAUUGAGAACGAAAUGGCGUACAAACAAAUCAAAUUUAAACGUUGGAGACUUGGUAUUGCUUCAAGAAGACUUCGUGCCGCCGUUAAGCUGGCGCCUCGGAAGAGUCAUGCGCCUAUUUCCCGGUUCUGAUGGAGUUUCCCGAGUGGCAGACAUCAACACCACCAGAGGUUGCAUUCGCCGACCGCUAGUGCGUCUCUGUCCUCUACCCACAGCUGAAGAUAUGAAGAGUUGAAAGAUGCCUUUCAACGCGGGGGAAGAUGUUCGCGCCUAGCUCAUUUGAGCUUAUUUGUAUAUGCUAUUAAGUCAUUGCUACAACUA